ACCAUUUCCCUUUUUCUUCAAUUUUUAUAGAUGGAAAUCUCCGGUGAAGACGGUUCAAAAAUCUCAAUAAAACCCAAUUCUAAGACUGUGUUUGGAAGAGGUUCAGGGUUCAACACCAGAGACCGUACAGUCUCUCGCCGUCACGUGGUGUUUUCACUGAAAGACUCCGGCGAGACUGAAACGGGGCCCAGAGCUAGUUUCGAAGUGAUAGGGAAGAACCCCAUCUGGGUUCGGAGCGGAAAGAGCGGGAAAGUCGAGAUUUUUAGGAGGUUGGAGAAGGGUGACGUUGCGGCCGGUGAUUGGGUUUGUUUUGGCGGUCAAAGUGAAAGGCCGGUUUGGUUUGCUGUAAAUAGGAAUGAGUUUGAAGGGGAAGAGAAGGAUGAUAACACCGAGUCAAGUGAGUUGAGUUUGAAUUUGGACAGUGUUGAUGUGUCAAAUAUUGGGUUUAUCAUACUCCCACCACUCUUAGUAGCGCUUUUAGUAUUGGCACCAGCAGAUCCUGGAGACUUGUGGAAGCUGGUUCUGCCGCCAAAGUUGAACAUAAUCUUGAAUGCUCCAUAA